UGCCGGUGAGAAAUAGAAUAUGAAUGGAGUAGUCUAUCGCUGCGGUGCUGGCGAUAGAGAUAAACAUACGCCGAUCGUUGCCGAUUUGUGCUGUUUGACCAGUCAAAGAGAAUUUUAAAUCAUGGAAGACGAAACAUCCGUUCGAGUGGCUAUGAGGUGAGUGUCUUCGAGGCCGUCAAGCUAUGACAGAAAGGAUAAUUUCUCGCAAUCCACAGCUAGAAUAUUACUCGAUCAAACGAUAUAGACACCCUGCCAAGCACUCUGUAACGCGUUUUUUAUUUAUUUCGGGCUUUUGUUUCUCUCCUCUUGUAGGAUUCGUCCUCAAAGCGCUGCGGAGAGAAUCGACAUGUGCAGAGUUUGUACUUGCGUUACCCCUGGUCAUCCACAAGUCGUUCUUGGCAAAGACAAGGCCUUUACAUUCGAUCAUGUGUUCGAUAUUGAGACUAAACAAUUUAUGAUCUAUGAGCAGUGCCUCCGAGGACUGGUUGAGGGGUAAGUUAACUGUUUUCUGUCGGAACGUUUUAAUUGUUAAAGUCUAUGUUACGCUCCAACUGCGAUUUUUUUUUGCAUUUUAAACCUCUACACGGCAAUUCAGCGAUGAGCGCCAAAUUACCUUGUCAGCUGUACAUGUUCAAAAGUGUACUCUUCAAGAUUAUUGAAAAGAGUAUUCUUUUUUUACUGCAGAUGCCUUGAUGGUUACAAUGCCACAGUCCUAGCUUAUGGGCAGGUAAAUAUCACACUUUGGCGAGCAGGGUUUGUAAGUGACCUACCAAGCCUAUCGGGGUUGUAACUUUUGAGGUUCUUCACUAUGUACAACUUGCCAUGGUUCACCAAAUCUAUUUUCUUUUAAUUUUAAAUUAACGACAUCUCUUAAGUGUCCCGACUGUCAAGUUAGCAGAUCUCAAGCACUGUAUUGCUUCGGAGAUUUCUCUUGCUACACAAUACAUUGACCAUUCUCUGUUCGAGGACUUAUGUAAAUCUGCUUGCUAUUUAUUUUAAAAUUUGCGAGAUGAUCGUUGAAGAUUUACAACAUCUGAUUCCUUAAUCUACUGCUUAUCUAAAAGGGAUGUCGUGUGUUGUGUAAUGCAGUAAUCGAAAUGUAAUGUACAGUCUUCAUGCUAGUCAACAUGAACAUCCUCUCUCAGAGUUUGAAAAAUAUUCCCCUCCCAUUGAUAAAAGUAACGAUAAUUCAUUUGGUUCAAGUCAUAAUAAUUCACCCUAGAAAUAGAGAUUAAAUUAUAAAAGCGAGUAUCUUGUGAACCACAAAAAUUUAACCGAAAGAUAAAUUGAUCUCUGUAAACACAUAUAUAUAUCUAUGCCAACAUCUAGGAUAUUGUAUUGGCUUAUUUUUUGCUUAUACAAAAUGCAAAUUUUACUGAUAGCUGAUUCAAUGAUUAUUCUCUCCUUGAGAUAGUGCUCUUCAGUUCCUCUAGAUAAAGGAUGGUCCUCAGUUUUUUUGUUUAUGGUGAUGGAAAAUUUUGUUCAUUAUUCAUGCAUUGAUAAUUUAGAAUAUAAUAUGGUUUACAUUCUUUGAGCUGUUUUUGUAGAAUACUAGAGGUUUUUAUUCUGCAACAAUUGAGUUGGCUUCAAUAAGUGAGGCAAAAUGUUGUUUCAGAGCAAUGUAAACUGAAAACUACUCUGUUGGAGAAGUCUUUGAAUGAUAAGGUGCUUAAUUAAGCCAGUUCUUAGAAAUAUAUAGUCAUAAUUCACCUAUGUGGAAAGGAUCGUGAAGUUUAAAACUGUUUUCCAAGCACUUUGUGUCACUAAAAAAUUUACUGCUUUGAUGCUGUCGAUUCUUGUAUUCUCUUCAAUGUCUAAACUUCCUUUUCAGCUGUACUUUAGUGUGUGUAUACAUUUUUUAAGAUGAUUGUUUAUGAUGCUAUUUUUAGGCGGAAACAGGCAUAAAUUAGCAUAUACCAUUCUUACAAGAUUUGAAUUUUUUCUCUAAAACAAUUGGCAUUUACUGUUUACCAGUAACCUUUUUACACUCAGAGAACUAGGUAAAAAUUAUGCAAGCAUAUUAUUUUACUCUGUUGUAUAAUUGAGGUUUGUUCUAUAUCAUUAUUGCUUUUCCAAAGUUCAGUUGUCUAUAAGAUUCUAUACAGUAGUUUCAGUAAUAAAUUAUGUACUAUGCUCAAUAAAUACAGUAUAGAAAAAUGAAAAUCUGGUUUAUUAGCUGCUAAAUUAGAUAGUUGUCUUUAACCAAAUGAAUUAUUAUUUUUCCAAUUUUAAAGAUUCAGUAUGAACAUCUGUCAAUUUGUAAGGUCUUGAAUGUUGCUAUUGGUAUUAUUUAUAAUGUCGUCUUGAAUUUUGAUAUAAUUCAUGAAUAUUGCUUUGGGUUGUGGUGACAGAAAAUUGACUCCAGCAAACAAAUUAAUAUCAACAAAAUUAUUGGAUAACUUUUUAUUGAUAUUAAUAUUCUUAAUGUCUUGAAUUGCAUUGUUGUGUUUUCUUUUUUUCUAACCUAAUUUAAGGAAAAUAUCAGUGAACAUAAUUAAGUUCAAUUCCUGAUUAAGUUCAAUUCCUGAUUAUUUAUAUCAGACUCUUUUUAGAACCAAGAGCCAAGCUUUGAUGACUCAAAUCAUCUAGCCAUCUUUCUGUAAUUACAUAUAUUCUUCAAGUUUCAUUUCAUUUGUUGUUGCUCGCCUCUACAAGUAAUACAAUUUUUACAUUGUAUGUGAUAAAUAACACACAUAUAAGCUGAAAGAGGUAGCCAGAGCUUGUGGGCUUUUUGCAGAACAAAAGAGGAUUAAAAUGAGAAGAAAUUAUAGACUGGAACAUGUAAAAUAUUUGCUGCAACAUAUUUCAGCUAAAUCGCUUAGCUUUCAUCUGCUAGGUGAAAUAUCUUGUAGCAAAUAUUUGACACCUUCUCGUCUUCUAUCAUCUGCAGAUAAAAGCUAAGCGAUUUAGCUGAAAUUUCUCAUAAUAAAUAUUUUAUACGUUCCAGUCGAUGAUUUCUUCCCAUUAAUGCCAACAAAAUGUGAAAUGAAUAUGCUCUUUUUGUGCAUUUCCAAAUUACAAUACCAUUCUUAAUUUUCACUCUGUAAUAGUGCUGAUAUAUUAUUCACACGUAGAUAUUAACAUCCUUUUCUUGCAAUGAACCAAAACUUGAUUUUUAUUCGAUUAUGGAAAAUCAUGUAAAGAGUAAUAGGGCUCAAGGAUUGCCAUGUGCAGGCAAAAUGACUGACAUACUGCGAACAAAAAUUUUUAUAACUUGUAUGGGAAACAGCUCUAGUCAAACUGCAAACUAGGUGAAAGUCUUUAUAUGUGACCAGGAACCUCACUGUCACAGCCAUCCCAAAUUUUGGCAAGCCAUGAAGAUUGUACAUGGAGCCAUUUAUUAGUGUCUGAUAUUAAUAUUGUUGAGGACAAAUUUCUAGUGAACUUGUAUCUAUUUUCUGACAUCUUCAGAUCUUGUUGCUAUUAGGAGAUCAUUAAUGACAAUUGACAACUCAAUUUUUUACCGUCCCCGAUUUUGGCAGUAAUUGGUGGGUGAUUGAAACAGUACCAGUCCUCUAAUUGCUUGGAUCCAAUUUUCCCCAUCACAAAUCAAAUUGGCACCUUGGAAAGAUUAGCGCAAGAAAGAGAUUAUCUGGACAUAAUCAUCUGUUAAAUCUGGGAUGGUCAGAAAAUAAAGAAAUCCCUGACCAUCCUGGGCAUUUUUAUCGCUAAAAAACCAGGCAUUAGAAAUUCAAUUAAGAAUCAAUGAUUUUAUAUGUUUUAUAAUUUAUGUAUAUGUAUGUUCAUUUCAAUCUAACACAGACAGGAUCUGGAAAGACAUACACCAUGGGAACUGGUUUUGACAUUGCCAUCUCUCAAGAAGAGGAAGGAAUCAUUCCGCGUGCAGUGGCCCAUUUAUUUGAUGGAAUUACCAAAAGAAAACAGGAUGCCAAACAAAGAAAUGAGCCUUUACCGGAUUUUAAAGUGACUGUUCAGUUUAUGGAGGUAAUAAUCCUGCACGUUUUUGGACUUUGUUACUUUUUACCAUACAUUUUCUUAAAAGGGCAAAAAAUAAAAAUAUUAUUGUUUCAUUAGAAAAACAAUUUGACAAAAUCCAAUUUAACAUGCACAAAAAUAAAUGCUUAAAUAAUUGUGCAGUUUUGCAAAAUGUUUGGCAGCCCAGCAUGGAGUACAUGUAGCUACAGUAUUAGCCUAGAGACAGAAUUAACAAUUUUUAAUUUUGUUAACUCUGAUCCAAUAAGGAUUACAGAGAACCUUAAAGCAUGCAUUGCGCUGUGUUAAGUGAGUGCAAAGAGGACUCUUUGUCUUGCAGAUACACUGUAGUUGCUAGUGCAGGGCAUUCUUUUCUUUUGGUGACAAAAUUAAGAUACUGUCAACAGGAGUCCUGAAAAAUAUCGAUAAAUACAAAAAAGCUAAUCAAAAACUACAGUUAGGGGUUCACAAAACAACAAAAUAGUAUGGCUAAUUAAGAAAACUAGUGUUACUAAAAUUACCGGCUAAUAAUAAAUUAUUCUGUUGCAAAGAAACCCCAAUAUCUAAUUAGAGACUUUGUGAUUGGGAAGUACUCAAGCUUGUCUUACUCUGCAUUGUGUAUCAUAUUUUUGGCAACCUUUUUUGUCAGCACCCCUGGCCCCUGUGCUCUAUAAAGUAUUAGACCAAUACCCAGUUCUCUUGUAAAAUGGACCUGACCUACUCUCUACUAAGGAUGGCGGAAAAAAAAAACCACUGAUAUGAUAUAAAAUUGUUAAAAAAUAAGAUGGUGUUGUGUGAAAGAAGUGCAAAAGAUUUUUCUUUUAAAAAUUUUAAGUACAGUGCAUUUCAUCAUUUUUUUACUCUGUCAGAGGAGUAUAGGAACAGUAUAACAGGUUGAAGUGCUUAAUGUUCCUUUGAGUGCUUUGACUUAUCACUUUUUUUUCAAGAGCCCUUUUUGAAGUUAAGCCAUGUUUGUUUACUUUAAACAUAAGGAAACAAUUUAAAGUAUGUGAGAUGUUUUUGUGAGGUUGUGACCCCAACAAACCAUGUCUAAUUGCCCUUGAAACACUACUCAUCACAAUACUAUAAACAUGUACUAGCUAAGUGUCCCCCGCUGGUGGGACUAAAGUUUUUGUUGAGUUCAUCACAUUUAAAGCUUGAAUGGUAUGAUAAUGUUUGAAUCCAGAGUUUCUUAAACAACCAAAACAUUUUCUAGGCCAUUAUUGUAGUCAACAUUUCUAUUUAUAAUUUAUUUGGGUAGUCUGGAGUGCGAAAGUUAAGCUGGAAUGAUUAAAGUGAAUGAAUGUAUAUUGAGCUAAUUAGAAAAAUCACAAAGCCCAACGUUUUUAAAUUUGAUUGAAGUGGUUUUCUUUGUUCAAUAAAAGCCAUCAUAACAUCUUUUGUUGAGGGGCUAACAAAAACUUGAGCAAGCUUGCUGGGUCAGGGAUGACUUCUUUUAAAUUAAAUCAUUACAAAAUAACCUAUAACAAUUAUUAAUCUCCUCUGUGCAGAAAUGACUCGUAUUGAUGGAUACAAUAAUAGUUUUUCUAUCAUAUCAUGCUUUUUUAUCAUUCAUUGUCUUGUUUUGUGGUGCAUUUUUAAUACUUGCACAUUGUGUUCAGAAGAUGAAUAAAAUUUAUGCAUAAUAUUGCUUUGUUUUUGCUCAUAACACAUAUUUUCUUAUCUGCCCAAUUUAGCUUUACAAUGAAGAACUUAUGGAUUUGUUUGAUUUUGACAAUAACAAGGUAGGUCUUCCAUAUAAUUAUCUAGUGGUGAAACAUGAUGGAUAAUUAGUUCAACAUUUUAGUGUUAUUUUUGUUUGUCUCAUGAUCAAUUAUGAUUAAAAUCCUAAAACAAAAGAAAUAAAAGCUACAUUGAUUACUUAAAAAUUAUUAUUUUGAUAUUCAUAGGAUAUCAUUUUUUAAAUUAUCCACAUCAACCUGACAUGCAUUAACAUUGUUAUACUUUCAUAUUGUCAUCAGAGCUUUCUAUUACACUCUAUUGUAUUUGAGACUUUUGUCGAGUUAAUAAAUCUUUUAAAAAACUUGCCAUCAGCUUUACAGAGGUGUCUAUAGAAUUGAUAAAGACAUUAGUUUUCAGUUCUGUCCUGGAAUUAUUUUUAGUCAACGGUAAUUUUGGUGUUGUGAGAAAGAGUUUGAGGAAACUUGUGUUGGAGAAAGUGCAGAUCACAUGAUGUGACAUUUUGACUGCAGGAAGACUGACCAGUUUAUCAACUGAAUUUCUCUCUCUAAAUCCUUCUUUUUGUUUGUCAGUAAAAUGUUGAUCUAUAAAGCUCUUGAAUUCUGUUUUUUAACAUGAAAGUGUUACUUGUUUGUGAAUGAUUUUCUUGCACAGUGAAAUCUUUUAUUUAUGUAGACACUCAUGAUACCCAAUGCUAAGUGUCCAUUUAAAGGCCAAGGAAAAAUAUCUCAUAGAAAUAAAAUUUCUAGCUAGUGUGCAUGUGUAGUGCAUGAGAAUGUCUGCUUAAUCUUACUUUUGGUUUUGUAGGGCCGUAAAAGCAAUGUUAAAAUUCAUGAGGAUGCCAAUGGAAAUAUUUAUACCAUGGGUGUAACAAUGAAGCCAGUAAACUCAGCUCAAGAUGUAAGUAUUAUUGUGUUGGGUUUUAAAUCAAAAGGUUUGUGAAAUAAUAUGAAUCACUAAUACAUGUAGGCAUUCUCACUGCAGAGUAUUUUGUGGUUAACAUGGCUGGUUAUUUGUUUUAUUGUUAUAUUUGCAUUUCAUCACUGUCCGUAAGAGCACGGGUGUGGUGCUCAGAGUACAUUCAUUGGUGCCCCAGCCCACAUCCUUGCUUAUAAUAAAAUCCCUGAAUUUUGCAUUGAAACAAAGCAGGGAAUCAGGAGUUGGCAAGAAAGGCUCGCCGCUAUUGCCUACAAUGUGCUGUCAUUGCUAUCAGAACACCUAAACACUUGUUUAGCUGUAGGUGCAUAAUAAAGCAGCUUUCUUGGGAAUGAGUUCCCUAUUUUUAAACAUAGAUUGUAGACACUGAGCAUACAUUUGCAGCAGAAAUGUUUGAUGCAUUUUGUUCUUUAGUAAAUAAAUAUUUAGUUAAGAGUAUAAAUUGUCUAAAAAUUACCAGUUUCAAAUUUCUAACAGUAGAUUUCGCUCUUCCUGUUGUUGGAAGAUCAGAUUGGUGCAAUAAGUAAUAUUUUUCAUUUAUUUUUUUAAGACAAUUUUUACAGGUACAUGUAUGCAACUUAAUCUUGUACUUGUUACAGGUUAAAUCUGAUUUUAGAGGUUAAAAUGUUUCAUCCCAGGUUGAUUUUCAUUUCCUUUGUCUCUUAGGGCUACACACAAAUGUAGGACACAAAACUGAAUUGAGAAUUAACCCAGGUUAAAUCAAAAUUAACCUGAAAUCAAGUUUAACCUGUAACAUAUACUCAUAGCCCUAUCAGAAGUUGGUAUAUGUUUGUUUUGUUUUGUUUUGUUUUUUCUCUUUGCAGACUUUAAAUUGCCUACAACAAGGAGCUCUUUCUCGAACUACUGCCAGUACUAACAUGAAUGCACAGUCUUCAAGAUCCCAUGCUAUAUUUACCAUUCAUGUCAAGCAGCAGCGUGUUGUUAAGGUAUAAUGUAACAAGCUCUUUAAUAUGUAUAAAAUUUUUUUUACAAUCUGAUGCAAAAAAUAAUAACAAAAUUGAUGUACUGGAUAAUGUUAAUUCCUUGCUCUGGCUGCUAAAGUUUAAGGGCUGGUUAUUUAAAGGAAGUUUAACUUAGACCGCCAUUUAAGAAGUCUUUGGACCUCCGGAUCUCUUCCAUACUGGGUUAAUUUAAGAAGGUAAAUCCUUUUUUAGUCUAUGCUAUAUGCUCUAAUGAAUUUGUUCACGGCAAAUGCUGUUUGGAUUAAAGUGUUAGACAAACUGAAAAUGACUUAAAACGAGGUUUUGCUAAACCCUGGUCAAACUCCGUUUAAAUAACUGGCCCUAAGUAGUUUGAACAAAAUAAUUAUGUUAAUUUAUCUUGAACUUAAUUGCCCUCGCGGAAAAUGUAACAAUUUACGUAUUGGUAUUCUACAGUUGUACAUUGUACAUAAUAAUGUGGUAAGGUUGUUUUGCAACAUAUAAUGUGGGAUGUUUUAAAAUGAAUUGUAUGAUAUUAAGAAAUAAUUAUUGUGCUUGGAUACUGCUCUUAAAAGACAAGUGGUAACACUUACAUGUAACACUUAAGGACUGACAAAUCUCUACUCCUGAGUGGGUUUAAAGUCAAAAUUAAUAAGACAAUUCUAAGUGCACACAAGAAAUGUUUUUUUGACUUUUCAUAACAUGAGGUGUUUAUUAUACAACUGCAUAAGGUCACUAAUUAUGCUCUUUUUAGAGGGAGAUUUUGCUUGUUAUAUUGAUGUCUGUAACAUAACACUGCACCUUACGCAAGAGUACUUUUUUCCCUGGUGCUGACCCCUCUGAUUGUAAAAUGUAAGGAAAGUUGUUUCUCUGUAUAGAUUUGUGAUGAUAAUGAUGAAAAGCCUUCAUCAGACAACAUUAAUAACUAUGAGUAUGAGAUGCUUACAGCCAAGUUCAACUUUGUGGAUCUGGCUGGUUCAGAGAGACUUAAACGAACUGGUGCAACUGGGGACCGUGCCAAAGAAGGAAUUUCAAUUAAUUGUGGUUUGGUGAGAUAUUUUCAGUUUUGAUGUUUAAUCUAAAACUUAUAGGUAAUAAUUAUAUUUUCUAGAAUAACUCCAUGAUUUCAGUAAACUAUCAGUAUUAAUCAGUGUAAUUAGUUUAUAAAAGAAACUAUAGGGAUAAUGUUUUCUGCAGGACUCAGGGUUAAAUCAUGUGUAAAAAUCUAUUAUUGGUUUUACACUUGAUAGAUAGUGUGUUAUUGAAUUUUAUCCCAAGAAUUGCCACUUUGUUUAUGUGCUACUGCACAAUGUGAAUCCUAUGGCAUGCUACAGGAUUCUUGUAGUGCCAGAAACUGAGAUGACAGGUAACGUGAUGUGACUAGUAACCCACAUUUUAAUGGCACUGUCAUGGAUCUAGCUAAGGAAAACUUCAGCAGGCUUUGUUUUAGUCAAGGCAGCUUUUUGACUUGAUUGUACUGACAAAAUUCCUCCAUGUCUCUCUUAUAAUUCCAGAGCUGGUUGUAAGGUCUUUUUCAACCACUGAAAUUAACUGGCAGCUUGCUCUUAGCGACAUCCCUGCACUGUCUCUUUCCUAAACAUUUUUAGCAAUAACUUGGCAUACAUUUUAAGAUCCUUCAACUUUCACUCAAAUGAACCCUUUCUUGCUUUCUCAAAAUAGCCGUAAAUGACACAGACAUUGAGAAACAACAAAUUGUUAUGAAAAUUUGUAGAGAAAUUUUUAUCAAAUAUACAAAUGUAUAAACAAACUUAUUAUGAAUUAUGUUGAGAAGAUGAAGUCAGUGUCCUAAUUUCCAUCAUUUUUCCUCCACCUUCAAUUAUUUUUAGCUGGCUCUUGGUAACGUAAUCAGUGCUUUAGGAGAUGCAACAAAGAGGGGAAGCCAUGUACCAUACAGGGAUUCCAAACUCACAAGAUUACUGCAAGACUCUCUUGGAGGCAAUAGGUGGGAAAAACGUUAAUACUUCUAUAACCACAGAGAGCUGGAAACUUUGACUUAGUUUAUAUCCCUUUCACUUUUUAUGUUGUAAGUUAGCUGCCAGAAGAAUAUUAUUUUGAUUUUACCUUCCUACUCAUUGUUCACCUUUCUCUACAUGAUUCUGGUGCUGCCCUACCUUCCAAAACACACUUUUAGAAAAAAAAGGUACAAUGUAUUAUUUUGCAAUCUUCAAAGCCAGGAUACUUAAGCUGACAUAGACAGCGCUAUUAAUGAGUAAGGGUCACAUUGAUUUGUUUGACUUUAAUUCUUAUAAUUUUCAUUUUUUUUAUUUAUUCAGUUAUAUAUUUUUUCUUAUUAUUAUUCUAGCUAUUUUAUUUCUAUAUUCCUUACACGUUUGUAAAAUAUCUUAUGUAAGUGCAUGAGUCUCAGGGGAAAAAAAAAAUUUUGAAAGUUAUCAUCAGUAUGUGCAUGUAACAUCCUCUCACAGCCUGCCUCAAAUAGUAUUAUGUAUCCAGUGUGAAUGUGCAGAGUGAUUUUACUUAACCCAGGAGAUAGCUAGUAGAAUAACUAUGCACUAUUAGGCACUAAUUCUGUUGUCUUCUUUUGUUUAUUUGUAGCUAUUUUGCACUAGUAAUUAUUAACUGUUUCAUGGGUCAAGUAAAAUCGCUCUAAUGUAUUUCCUUGGCAAUCAAUAAAUAUAAAAUUAUUGUUGUUUGCCUAUUUGGCUAUCCUAAGUAUUACAUGCAGAUUUUAGGGUAUUUUCCUUUGAAUAUUAAUUUUUAACUACUAUUCCAAGUUGAAGUAGGAUUGUUAUGGGAAGUACGUCAGUAACUGUAGGGUUUGUUAUUAAUACAAUGUAUGUUACCUGUAGCCGAACUCUCAUGAUCGCUUGUGUUUCACCCUCUGAUCGAGACUUCAUGGAAACUCUGAACACGCUCAAGUAUGCCAACCGAGCGAGGAAUAUCAAAAACAAGGUGAAGUGCUCAAGUAAUAGGCUUGUACACUUGUCUUCAUGGGUUCUGAGAUCCAGUCAGAAUUGAUGGACUGUUAUAGUAUAAGACCAUUUCCUUCUGAAUUAUUUCUCAUCAACUGAAUUUCCUUAAAUAACCUUAUACUGUAUAUUUGUAUACCUUUGGACUUGCCUCCUUGUUUUGUCCAUAAUUAAAACCCUUUCUAUAUUAGUUUUGCUGGGGUAGAGCACUUAUUCACUUAUUCUUUGCUUCCUUUGUCAAAUAUUUCUCCCAAUUUGGAACUCCAUUUUCAGUAAAUUGCCAGUUGGUCUUUCAUUUGUACAUGUAUUGUGAAUAGAACUAUUAGAAAAUGAAAUUAAUGACAGUAUUCACAUGUGAAAUAGAAAUUAAUGACUGUUUUUAUUUCUUCACUUUCAGGUUGUUGUGAAUCAAGAUAAAACCAGCAAACAGAUGGCAGCGCUAAGACUUGAGAUUCAAAAGCUUACAAUGGAACUGUUGGAAUUUAAACAGGUAUUACUGUCUAGGUCUUGCCACUCCAUUACAAGAGCCAGUGGAACUAGUAAUCUGUAUGUUCUCCAGUAUUAUGCCUGUUCUACAGUGAAUAAACACAGUGUUUAUGACAGGGUUCGCAAAUACGCCAAAUUUGGCGUAUUUUACGCCAAAAUUGUUCAGAUGACUCCACUGAGGUUACGGAGGGAGUCACUUUGACUCCAAAAAUUUUCGGUAACAAACAGGGAGCCACUUCGAUUCCAGAAAUUUUCGGUAACAAACACAGUUUUAUCCUUACCUUUUUCGCAACAAAUACAAUUUACGUUAAUUGUAAACGUUGUAAACCUUAAUUAAAUCAUUGAAAUUAAAGAAUUAUACUCCACGACAAACAGGAAGAGGGUAAAUUACGAUCAAAGUUUACUCGAUGACCGCCAUCAUGGAUUUGAACUUUCCAGGUCAGCGGACCACCAAAGCUACUUCGUGUAUCCCUCACGAUAGUGUAUACAUGCCGGGACCACGUGCUGGAAAGUCUGAUACUUGACUCCAAAUAUUCCAAAAUGACUCCAAAAUUUGUGAAGCAGAAGUCACACUGACUCCACUCAUCAAUAAAAUUUGCUAACCCUGGUUUAUGUAUAAACUAUGAAAGUGGUACAGGUAUGAUAAAUUAUUAUUCAUUCAAAAUAUGAAUUCCGUUUCUGAUUGGCAAAAAUCCCACACAUAAUUCAUCAUAACCAGCUACUGUCGACCUAAUUUAUUUGGAAGAAUUUUGCAAUAUAUGAAGUGAUGAUGUCAAUCGUGCAGCAAAAUUGCCAGAUUUUUGAAAUGUUUACUGAGAAGACCUUGGGACUACGUAGAGUUGUUUUGGUAGUGAAUACAAAAAUAUGAUGGAACAUUUCACUUGUUUCACGAGGAAGAAGUAGGCGAACUAUUAGCUAAAAACAUAGCAAGAACAGCAAGAAGACAACCCAAUGGACAACAUCAUGCUAUUUGGAGAAUAUUUGCAGAACUGAACAACAAGUAGGAAUUAUUUUGAAUGAAUAAUGAAACAAUUAUUGAAUUUGUCUUUCAUAUCAUCUGAAGAAUUACAUGUAAGGAGAUCUCGGAUGCCGGGUCUAAAGUACAUGUCACAUUCCACAGGUCAAAAGUACAGGUCACUGCUCCAUCGAUGAAUUACUAAGCGACACAGAUUUCAAUCGAUCUAAUAGAGCAUUUUGUUGAGAGAUUAGGGUUGGGAGACACUUUAAAUGCUGUUCGUUUAUCUGUAUCAUGGUGACCUGUACCCUGACCUGUGGAAAAGUGACCCAUAUUUUUAGACCUGCCGAGUUUUUUGGUGACGCACGUCAACUGGAAGUGAGCCUUUUUCUCUUUUAAUAUGCCUUGAUUCUACCAAAUUUGUAUUGUUAAGUUCUUUACUCUUACAGAGACGAUUUACCUAAUAGUUGUUUUGUUUAAAUCAUGGCUGAAGAGUUAAAAAAGUCCACUUCUGGUUGACGUGCGUUGCUCAAAAACAUUGUUUCUUUAACUUCCUAUUGAGGUAGCGUAGUCUAUAUUGUGGCUAAUAAAUGACAGGAUAGCCUCACAGAAAAUAAUGUAACCUUAUUACAUACAAUUUCCAUUCUGUGUUUGACAGGGUAAAAGGGUAUCUGGUGUUGAUGGUGAUCAAGUCAGUGAUGUCUGUCAUGAAAAUGUUAUUCUAAAAACUGAGAAUGACAAGUAAGAAUUAUCUUUUUGUUUUAGAGUAGAAAAGUCUCUUGUAGUGGUAACUUGAGGCUCAUAACAUUGACAUAUGGCACAUAUUUUCUUGUUAUAGACUCAGAGUGCGUAUCAAAGCUUUGCAGCAAACAAUUGACACACAGUCUGUCAGAAUAACAGAACUGAUCUCUUCGCAGGUUCUUGCACAAGUGAAUGGUAUGGCAAUUAUUUUAAAGUGAAAUGCUUGCAAGUCUGUCUUGAAAUAAGUAAAGGAUACAAUGUAUUAUUUUGAGUUUGUGUUCAAAACAGCUUUGUUUUAUAAGACAUAGCUGAACCUGUUUAAUAUGAAAGCACCAAAGGGGUGGAGCCAAGGGGUGCUUCCCAUUCACCCAAAACGUCCGAUUUGAAUUCUGGGCAACUGCCAGUAAUAAAUGUAACAGCAUUUUCUAAAUUUUUUUAAAAAAGAGGACAACCUAGCCUGUUGACAGACCGUCUAUUUUCUCUUCAAAGUCCGUUGAGCAUGUGUGAUAAAAUAUAAACCGCGGGGGAUUUAUUGACUGCCAGCACAAGGGAGAAAAGAAAAGAAAGAUGAAACAACGCCUGUGUACAGGCUAAGGACAACCUCACAACUAGGUAUACCCAAAUUUUGGAAAUUUUUUUCCCGGAAUUUUUCUUUCCAUUCAAUUCUGCUCUGGUAUUUCUAUAAUUUUCGGUUGAAUGGUUGGUAUUUUGGAAAUUCAACAAUUUCCGGAAUUUCUGGAAACUUUUCCGGGAAAUUUCUGUACUGUUUGCCACUGUUUCCCAUUUUUUUAAUGUUUUGGUUGAAUGGAAAGCAUCCAAGUAUUCCCAUUACAAAGGUGUCUGUGCUAAUAGGGAUUGUAUGUUAGUUUGCUGUCUUUGGGUGUUGCUAGGUCAGCUGUAGAUAGAGGCAUUUGUAGAUAGAGGUUUGACUCGUCAGUUUUAUCACUCAUCAUACAGAAUAAUUUAUUACAGUCGUGGAAAUCUAGUUUGAGACACCAACAUGACUACCAUUGCAUUGUUUUGGGACGUCUAUAAUGCGAAUGUGACAUCAUGUGAGCAAGGGUGGCGCAGUGGUGAGAGCACUUGCCUCCCACCAAUGUAGCCUGGGUUCAAAUCCCAGCGUCAAUGCCAUAUGUGGGUUGAGUUUAAAUUUGUAGUUGGUUCUCUCCCUUGCUCCGAGAGGUUUUUUCCCUGGUACUAAGGUUUUCCCCUCUCCUCAAAAGACAACAUUUCCAAAUUCCAAUUUGACCAGGAAUCAGGUAGACAAAGAACCACUUAGUGGAUGUGCUACCUCUAAAACCGUUAUUUAUGUUAUUUAUUUAUUUAUUUAUAUGAAAACACUAUCCAGGUGACUAGGAUUGCCUCAGUGGAUCAACCUUUAUUGCAUCAAAUGAAUAUCAAUGACCUGAAUACAUUUUGAGACAUCUCCUGUAAUGAAGGCUAUCCGGAAAAUUAUGUAGAAACAAGGCUUUAUAACAGUGUCAUUUUGUGCACUAAAAUGUAAAUGUAAUUAAUCAUUGGGACACCUUGUAUGAGUUGUCUUAGGUAUACUUGUUAUCUACAUGUUCUGCUUUCUCUGAUCUCUAGGAGAGGAGGUCGAUGAUGGAGUUGAGACCCUCAUACAAAAAUAUUUAAAGGAAAUUGAGGAACUCAGGUAAGAAAUGUUUCCUUUAUAAAUAGCCAUCAUUUCAAAGUAUUUGAGGAAGUUCCAUUUGAUUGAGGGCCAUUUAGUUAUGGACAGAGAAGAUACCUUUGCUGUUUUGUAUGAAUCUGUUUAAGGCUUAGCCUGCGAACAGCAGACGCAUUUCCAGUCGUCGACCGGAAAUGCGUCUGCUGUUUGCAGGCUAUUGAAGGCUACAUCAAGAUUCGUCAUGUAUAAUCUGUUAAAUCUCCUUUACUCUUAACUGUCCUCAUUUUUCUGGGAACUGUCCACUAUCUGGGCCCCGUUGUUUGAAUGCCAAUUAGCGCUAACCCAGGGUUAAAUUUUAAUCCAAAUUUCUUUUUCUAUUGUUCAAAAGCAUUUUCUUGGAAUGGAUAAUCUUCUCUUACAAUUCUUUUUAGAGCAUCCGAUCAAUCACUUAAAGAAUCAAGUGCAAAUAGCUGACAUAAUCAACUACUGAAAUAUGACAAACACUUGGUUAUUAAGUUCCCAAUGCUCUUUCAUUACUCUUGUGCAGAAACACAUUGAGUCAAAAGUGCACUGCUCUUGUCCAUGGUGUGCACGUGUUUUCGUGAUUGAAGCUCUCUUUUGUAAGUGUUUUUGCAAUAAACUCUCUGGAAAAGUUCUUGAGAUUUUCAAUACCCGAGAAUAUCCAUUCCUUGAACUUUUGGCCUAAAAAGGUUACGGUCACUGUGCAUGGACAACAUCAUUAAAGAUAAUUUGUUUUGAUUUAUGAACAUUUUCUUCUCUCUACUUGUAUAACAAAGAAAAGAGAUCCCGAAUUUUGAUAUCAGGGAUUUAAGGCUAAAUUCUUGAUCUUAGGUCUUGAAAAUUCAAUAGUACCAAUCUGAGGGUCUUGUUCUCUCCUCUAGGAACAAGUUGACAGAAAGUGAAGCAAUGGCAAUGGCUAUCACAAGACAUGCAACACUGAAGUCCCGCAUGGCCUCUCCUUCUCAUCCUGAACCCACAACCAGCAUCCUGGAAGUGGCAAAAAUGGAUGUAGCGAAACAACGGCAGAAAGCACAGGUGGUGUUACGUAAUCCUUCUCUGUCCAAAGUCAAAUGUGUAAAGCCUGUUAAGCCUCGUGGAGGCAGCCUCCAUUCAACUAUGAAUGGAGUUAAACCUUCUGCUAACUUUACUAACACAGCACGACCUCAGACUAAGUCUUUUCUUCAGUCUAAUGGGGGUAAGGUUAAGGUUGUGACACCACGGCUUCCUUGGAAUACCGGGAAUGUUCAGUCCAAAACUGACUCUGGACUGUACUCUAGAACAGCACAGCGAGGUAGUGUUGCCUUGUCUAAGGAACCAUGUCCGAGACCUCGAAGACGUAGCAAUUACUUAACUCCGGCCGACCGUGACAACCCUGUCUAUGGCUCAGAAUCUAACUUCCGCAAUGCUGAUACUACUAAAGUAGUUCUUCGUAGACCGAAACAGAGAAAUGCUCAUUCUGAGGUAACUGCAGUAAAGCGAAGAUCGCGUAGUCUAGAAUCUCUGAUGGACGGCACCGAUGCCGUGGAAACUUAUCUUUCGCCGAUGCAGUGCUUUAAAUGCAGGAAAGAUUUGAGUCGCACUUUGGACUCGAGUACGUCAGAUAUUUUUUCUGAUGCCUAUAGCUCUGCCAGUGAUCUCAACUGCUCAUUACCUGAACUUCAUUGCGAUGAGAAUAAUAACGCAGUUUCUCAGGUAGCAAACAGGAACUUUUCGAUACCAAGAAAGGAAGUACUCAAAGCUGAGAAGUUAGUUCAUCACCCUCCCCCUAUUGACAUUGUAUCAGAUACUGAAUGCUACCAGUAUCACUUUGAAAGUGACAGCCAAGUGGAAAGUGAUUACGGUGCGGCAGUUGCCUCUGACAGUGAAGUCUACAGGUACAGAUCUAUACUAAAAGACAAAAGGAACCUACGCUUAGACUCCCCUGUUCCACAUUUACUGCGAGAACACAGAACAGACUCUACUGGCAGUAUACAAGAACGUAAGAUUCAACUUGAGCAAGAUCUAGACUCGCUCUUGGAUUCAAUGGCUUUUACGUUAGGAAAUUAUGAGCAUAAAUGUAACAGUGAACCUGUUUUAAAGAAUGGUGGCUCUGAUGAUUCUUUGUAUGCACCACCGGCCUUUUUCAGGCCAGUGUUUGAGGUCAAAAUUUGAAAGCCUUUACCCUCUUUAACAUCAACCAGUGAAAGGCGCAAAAUCUGCCUAUGGUAACUGUGGGAGCCACGGAAUAGAAAAGGAAGGAAUUUCCCUCAUGUUCUUUGUCUCAACUUCUUCAUCUUUCUUCUCAGCAUUGUACAGUUUAUAAAUUGUUAUUUAUUGUGGUCCCUCGAAAGAGAACAGCUCCAUAGACCUAAAUUUGGUGGAGUUCUUUCAGCAUGAUACUGCUCUUAAGUUCUUUUUGUGAGCUACAGAUUGAAGGAUACGGGGAAUAAUAGAACCAUCAAAGUUUAGUAAAAUUACAAGUCCGCUUACUCCAAUGCUGCCUUUCCAAAAUAAAUUUUACUAAAAUUUAAACUUACUAUAAACAACACCAGUCUUUUAAAUGCUGUUAGAAGUUUGGGAAGUUUUAAAUUCUUUUUUGAUAUUAUUUAUUUUGCAUUCUUUAAGUUGCACAGUAUACUACAUUUUUAUUUGGGAAACAUCCAUCCAUGUACACCGUUGAAUGAAUGAACAACUUUAUUGAUGAGUCAAUCUUCUAGCUGGCUAGUGCUAGUGGUGUUACCGAACAUUGAUUAAAUUGACAAGCUUCAAAUAUUUCAUCACAUAAAAGUAACAUCAAAAUUGCAUAUAAAACAAAUUGGUGGUUUCUAUCAUUGGCAUUUCUUUUUUUUAAUUUUAAAAUAGAAAACAACAUGAACUAAGAAAAGUCACUGUAGCUAAGCAAUAUUAAUAUACCUUAAAAAUGAAUUGAAUAAAAUUAAUGAACAAUUAUUUAAAUUCUUGGUUGUUGUAUCCUGUGAUCAGAAGCUUCAUUCUCGCGCAUGGCAGUUCACACCGCGAAAUUGUAACCUCUGCUCACAGGGUAUGGUUUUGAUAAGUUAUUUUGCAUUAUUUGAUUUCUGUCGAUAAUUUGUAAUAGAGUUAGAUUUAUUUAUUUUAAAAAUCAUCAAUGAUUAUUAACUGUAACCUUUAGAAAAACUAAAUUAUUGACAAUGUAUUUAAGUUGUUUAAAUUAUUUUAAAACAAUAUUUUAAUGUGAAACACAAAGAUAUAAAAAGGAUGAUACAACAUUUUGUGCUUGCAGUAUUGCAAUUUCUUUAAAUUUCACCUUCAUGUGUUGGCAAAUUAAUAAUAAUAUUUAUCCUGGUGGAAUUUUAGUUGAACCCUCAUAAUUUGGAUGGUAUUUUUUAUUUUGUAUGUCAUGUUCUCUGUUAAGGAAAAAACCUUUCAAUGGAUGUGGCAUAUUAAUUACGGAUAUUGUAUACAAAGAAAUGAACAUUGUUGAAUUAUUUUUGUGCGAACUACAGGUACAUGUACAUUUACCUGACUAGUGUACAGUAUAAAUUAAAAUUUGCAGGACGGCAAGAUAAAAAUAUUGGAUAAAUUUUAAUGCCUUAAGGAAUUUUAUUAAUUCUAGUAAUUAAUAGGCAGUAAAGAGUUACGAUCAUGAAAGUUCUUUUGAAGAUGGAAAAACGGAAUUUUUUGGCCUGUACAGGAAUUGUGAAAUAAUAGUGUGAACAAAAAUGUUUCAAUUUAAACUUCUAUUACUUAAAUAAAAUCUUAAAACGUUUCUGUAAUAACAACUUAUAAAACUGUGUAAUUGACUUUGAACUUGUUUCUUGUACACAGAUUUGUAGAGGACUGCGUAAAUUAAUUCCUAAAACUAAUAAUCAUAAGAUUCAUUCAUUCGAAAGUAAUUUUUUUGUAAUAAUAAAGAAGAUUAAAACUGAUGCUCUUGUGUACCCUUUCUUUAUGCUUGAGUGCCUUGGAUAUUCUUCAUUUUGUUGUUAUUUUCUUCAUUUUUGCACCUGCUUGGUCUUGUUUCUAUUCUCUAGUUUUGUUGCACAUCUCAGCCUUGUUAUUUUGCAUUUUGUUUGCUUUACAGUGUAGCUGCAUUUUAUUUCAUCUUUUUCUUGCAUUUAUUUGCUUCCUUGUUGUUUUGAGUGACUUGUAAUUUUUUUGUUGUGUUAAUUUAGUAUGUGCUCUAGCUAUAGUGAAAAUCUCUUCAAAUAUCCAUGUUGGCCCGAAGUGAUCCAGAGGUCUAUUGACAUCAAUGUCAUCUGCGAUCAUUUCUUUCUCAUUCAGCAGCCACCCUACCUCAAUCCUAUGAAUCUCUGAUAGUGAAAUACAAGUGCCCCGUCUUGUUACUUUUCAUAAUGCGGCAGCAGGAAGAAUUUGUAAGAGUUUAAGAUUGAAGGAUCAUUAAUUAUUUAAGUGUCGUGACAGUCUGAAUGACUCUCUCGAUGAAUAUUUGCAUUUACUACUCUUUGUCGGAGUUUUAAGAGCUAUUGGCCUAUCAAAUAGGCUAAUUGGUGGUUUUCCAUUGGAUGUGAGUUAUUUGGAACCUUGUCAACACAAAAUGGCAAAUUCUAAAUGGUUCUAACGAUCAAAGGAACUUUCCAGGUUCACGUUAUGAGCCUGUAAAGUCAAGUAGAAGAUUCGAGUUAGCUCCUGCUUGCAAAGAAAAGAGCUUUUAAAUGCAGUGACAAUGAAAAACUGUUACCUUCAGAUUGCAUUUCACAAAACCCAGAAAAAUUGGCGUUAAGAAUUCAAUUAGGAAUCUAAGAAGAUGACUUUCUGGAACCCUGUACUACUGCAAACACAAAGUUUGAAAAAUUGUUGUGGAACAAUAAGUUAACCACUUUUUUCAAAUUCUCAACUCCUUUUAUAACUAAAGCUUCAUAGUAAAAUACCGUAAAAGUAAAUUUCAAUGUUUGUGUUGUUUGUUUGAAUUCUGUUCCAAAUGUAUGAAAAUGAACUCGAAUUAUUAUGACGUUUGAAGCUUAAUUAAAAACCAGUAAAUGCAAAACGUAUUUUGCCAUCAGCACUGCUGUGUUGCUUGUUUUGAAACGCAUUCUUUAGUCCUUUCAUGAGCCCUCCACGCUUAUUGCAUUUCUCUCCUCUGGGAACUAAACUCUAUUUUCAUGUUCAUUCUUCGAGAAAAAAUUAAAUUCUCUUGUAUUGACCCCCAACAUGGCCGCCUUGUCACGUGGUUGCAAACAAAGAUAUAAGCUCAGGGCUUGUAAGCGGAAAUUACGGUAUUUGUGUUAUUUAACGCCAUUGUGUUGUAUGCCUACGCUUAUUUGCUGAUAUGCCCACGUUCCUGACAUUUUGUUUUUGUGAGUACCUUGUAUUGAGAAACCAGUGAAUUACUAGGACAGUUUUAAAAAUGCUUUGGCAAUUCACAGGCUUCUCUGCAUUACAUCUGAAAUUAUCUGUACCGAUCUGUUCUGUUUCCACGUUUGUAGGUCUUUGUGUCGGUCUGUCUGUCUGUCUUGCGGUGGUUUGUCUGUCUGUCUGUGUGUCAGUCGGUCUGUCUGUCUGUGUGUUAGUCGGUCUGUCUGUCUAUCUGCCUGUCUGUCUGCCUGUCUGUCUGUCUGUGGGUCGCUCGAUCUGUCUGUAUGAUAUAUUCGUGUUGCUCCGUCCGUCUGUCUUUUGCUAUUGCACAAAAUCAUACUUUCUCUACCUUGUGCAUCGUAACGCUCCCAACACACAUACGUUGCUUUUUGUGUCAUCUGAAUCAUCCAUUUGGCUGUGAAUCAAUUUAAAGCAACUCUGUUCUCUUGACUAUGAUAAAAAUUUGUCUCUCUCUAGUCCAUUCAGAAUCAUUCCUAACAUCCAACCAGUCUGUAUUAAUAUGUUAUUAAUUGUAAAUUAACCUUUAUGAUGCUUCGAUUUUAUCACUUCACGAGCCUCGGAACUCAAAUCACAGGUAGCAAGGCUGAGCUUCUACUCUUUCCCUGUCAUAUCUUCAGUCCAGUAUCUUCUUGGUAAGGUUUCUCUGUGCAUGAACUUGUGGGCGUAAUUAGUCUAUAAACACUAUGUAAUUUACGUUAUAUUUUAACGGUUGCAUUAUGUCUCUGCAACAAAUGAUUGUUACUAUAGUUAAUUUAAUAAUCAAGGUCGAUGGACAACGACACAUAAGCAGCUCUUUUAAGAAGCUAAAUCAAACUUUUCUGAAUUAUUGUGACUUUUGAUUUUAGUAAUAAAUUUUGUAAACUUUGAUUAUGUUACACCUUAACUGUAUAAAAUUCUGUGUUAAUUAUUUUUUUAAGUUUCGGCAUAGUUGCAGGCGGUUAAAAACAGUUUAAUGGUACCAGAGUGUUCGCAAUCCCCUAUUUAUCCGUAAGAUGGUAGAGAACGAGCGCUACAGGUGGCCAUCUCGACCGACUCGAGCUUGAAGAAGACUAUUCCAUCUACUAUAAACCCCGACGCACUCCGUCCGGGGAAAUUUGAAACCAAUAAUUACAAAAUGGCUGCCAGUGACGGUGAUUGCUCGAUCUCGACGAUCUUACUGAAAAAUAGGACGCUAUGAAGAGUCUAAAUGGUGCUUACAAUGAGUCAGUACAUAAAUGAAAUUGAAGGAUAAUGUUCCUUGUUGAUAUAAGUGAGAAAAAAAGAUGAAAAUCAAACAAUUUAAGAUUUUGAAGAUAAAACUAAAGAAUUGUCUCCUGUCUCUUAAAUGUCGCUUAAAAUAACUUAAAGGUUAACCUGACAGCGGGAGAAGAGAAGAUUGUACAUUCUUGAAUAUCUGGCGUUCUGUAUUCUUUUGUAGGAGGACUGAUGUCAAGGAGCAAUUUGUUAGUAGAAACAGCGUUUUCUUUGAGUGUGCAAUUUCUUUGUAUCAUCUCUUUAAAGCCUCUGUGUUUCCGGUUGUAUUAGGGGAGAUGAUGCGGGCGAGUGGUCAGAGUACUAGGCUUAAAAUAAAGGUGGAUACGAGUUUAACUCCUUGUCCAGUUUUUAAAGGCUGGGGCACACUUGGGACAUGUUUAAAAUGCCUGACAUUUAUGGUUCAGAUGUGUGCGUCAUGAAAGGUUUUUUUGCUUGAUUUUCACUACAAUUUUUUAACUUGUGAUUUAUUACUUUUUUUGUUUAUUAGAAGCUGAAUCAUAAUCAUGAAGGAAAAGAUCAGCCAUGGGGCGAGCAAAGCAGCGAGGAAAGCAGCACGGAGGAAGAUGAGGUAGGUUCCACUUUUUCUAUUUUAUCUUAAUUGUUGGGCGCUCACAAAUCUUUAGCUACCCAAGCUUCAAGUUUGUGCUCUCUUACACGCUUUGUUAGUUAAGUUUAUUGAAAUCGCCGUGGGUAAAUCUUUAAAACCUCACUUACCCACUCGACCCAUAAAAUGUUAGGAAGUUUAAGAUACCACGACGGUGAAAAGUGACUUAGCGUUCUUUGAAAUUUCAACGUGAUUUUCCCAACUCGCUCAUUUUGUGUAAUGUACGCAAACCCUCCUGGAUUUGAAUUCCCUAAGAAUCGUAUAAAGAGAGGAUAGAUUCAGCGUCGUUUGUUCGAGUUCCCGAUAAAAAGUGAAAAUAGGAAGUUUCACGCCGUAGUUCCAGAGGGACGCAAAGAAAUGUACCAAAAAGUGUGCUUCACGUGUAAAGUUGUUUGAUUCUAGUUGUUUCCAUUAGUGAUACAGAAAAUGUUUCUAACUUUGGAGGCAUCAUUUCGUGGAGCGAUUGACCGCUUAUGAAAUCCUUUAAGUCUGAUCAUCGAACAUUACUUCUGCGGCGGCAUUAAUUUUUGUAACCGUUCCCUGCUGAAGAUGGAGCUGCCGUCACGUGAUCAUCCGAGCCACAUCAAUGUCUAGCUGUUUUCAGGGCAAAAGCAGAACCUUUUUCUCAGCACUUUUUAGACCCUGAGUACUGGUCGGGUCCGCGAGAUUGAACCCUACUCUGUGGGCGCGAUCCAUUCAACCAAAAUUCCAACCGGUCCGACCGGGAAAAGUGGUCCACCUCAAAAGGUGCACCCGUUUUUCGAAACUUUCCCGGUUGGUCCGAACCGAUCCAUUGAAUUUUGGACCGAAAUUUCCGGAAAUUUUGGUUGAAUGGAUCGCGCCCCGUAUCUUAGCGUUCUACCGACUGAGCUAGUACUGCUGCGGUGUACCAUACAGGUGCUGGAAUUGUUAAUCAUUUGUCAUAUCAUAAAUUCAUUUCUUGUCCGGCAGGAAAACGAAGAAGGUAAUGAAGAGCAGGGAGAUGAUGGAGAUGACGAUGAUGACGACGAUGACUCAGACGAUGAUGAAGUGGCUUUAGGUAUGCAGGGAAGAUGAAGGGCAUUUGAUAAGAGCUUCAGUCGUCACUCCCGAUUUUUAACUCGUGGGUACGCGCGAGCGUACCACGAGUUAUUGCAGGGACUGAGAUAUGCAAAUGAGUCACUCACUCACUCGUAGUAGACGCACUUCGUAAUUAAUCGGGUCCGAACUCGAGAGCGCGAAGAUCUAUCGUUUCCAAAAAAGGACGCGCUCGCCGAAGUUCGGUAGCAUCAAAUUCCUCGCUGCGAGCGUGCAUCGUGCGCUACAGCACGGUUAGGAUAAAGGUCUUACCAAAUUUAAGACAGGCAGGAAUCUUUCAAAUUAGUACGAUUCAAAAGCCUUUGACCCAUCCAGGCGUUAAACUUGACAAGAAGAUGAGCAUUUGCUCUUCGACUCCUUCAACUUCGACGCUGGCUUGAUCUCCUACCUUGUAGCACUGUAGUAGGUUAUGUGUAUGAAUGAAUUUAUGGCGGUCACUAUAAAACACGGACUGCGGACUACGGACUGCGGACUGGGUAUAAAAUGCGGACUAUAAAAUACGGACUGGUGAAAUGUAUGGUAUUUUCUUCUUAAGGACUCCCCAAGAUCACGGGGGGAAAAUGGAUGAUAACAAUAACAGCGGAAAUCGAGAUAAGAAAACAUAAGCUAAUGUUUUGCGUCCUACUUCGCGGAGGAGUUGUGUCGGCUUUGUAUGAAAUGCGUUUACUUGUCAGUAGCCUGGCUUCAAUUAGCCUUACUUUCAUCCCAUUGCUUCGAGUCGUUUUUAUGGCUCGAUCGUUUGCCCCGGUCGUUUGCCGGCGGAAGUUUCAUGGAAAAGGCAUUAAAUUUGAGACUUUUCGCCAAAUCAUGUGACCAUCCUCAAUGGCGUAGUGGCUAUGUGAGGUCCGGUUAAUCCGAAGGUACCGGGUUCAAAUCCCGCUAAUGACCUUCUUUUUCCCUUCUUCCUUUUUUUUUCUUUUUUGUUUUGUCUUGUUUGCUUAUUUGUUUUGCUGUUUUUUUUGUUUUGUUUUUAAAUAUAUACUUAAAUAACUGUUACUAAAGUGCAAUAAACAGCAAGAAAAGUAUUGUGUUUCCAGAACAAAGAUAGUAUAUUUAUAAUAUGAAUUUCUAUCAUUUUCUAAAAUUCACUGUGGGAAAACCAGAGGUGAUAACUAAUUGAUUUUUUUUGUAAACAACGUACCCACGAGUUGACGAUAGUCUUUCUUUGAUUUACUUUCGUCUCCUAUUUAUCCUGGCACUUCCACUACGGUUCGAAUACCUGUUCACAGACACACUGCACAACUUUGGCAAAGUGUGAAACAGAACCUAUCUGAUAUGUGACUAGCCUGCGAAAAGCAGACGUUUCUCCUCGCUCAUCGCCGCUGGGGGACGUUUCGCGAAUUUCUGUCGCUGAGUCGCAGACGUUCCUUCUCGCGAAACGUCCCUUAGCGGCGACGAGCGAGGAGAAACGUUUGCCGUUCGCAGGCUAAUAUGUGACGCAACACUUUCGAGAUCGGCACGGCACAGCUUGACUCCGUCACAGAACUCGUGCCAAAAGCACAGUUUCUAUAUGUGAACAGAAGCACCAUCCGGUAUAUGGUUUUCAUGCCGUGUAAGAGUAUCCAAUGUGGUAUGAACAUGGCCGAAAGCUGCCUACAGACUCCACACCGCGCACUUAUGCACUUUUAUAUGAUUUAUAACAACAGAUAAUGGCCGUGACUUGUCAGGCGAUCUGGCUGAUCUGUCAACUGAGAUUUCCAUCAAAGAAAAGCUUAUUGAUGAGCUAGAGAGUAGCCAGAAGAAGCUACAAUCACUGAAGACACAGUAUGAGGAGAAACUGUCUCUUCUGCACAACAAGAUCAAAGAAACUGAAACGGAGAGAGAUCAGGUAAAUAAAGACUUGAAGACUAAAGAGUACGUUCCAUUGGGGUAAUCCGGAUCAAGAUCAAAGAUGCAAGAUCACUUGGGUCAAUUGAUGUAUCAUGAUCCAAGUGAUCUCGCAUCACUGAUCCUGACGCGGAUCAUCCCAAAGAAACGCAGCGUAAAAUCUCUUUCUAAACAGACAUGAUUUCGCCGCGGUUAACUCCACCUAGCUUUAUUCUCUUUUGUAAACUGGCGAGUUUACUCCCGGGUAUAAUUUAAUAUUAAGGUGGAGUUUUCAUGGUGUUACCCUGGGCACAGUUGUUCGAAGGCCGAUUAGCGCUUAACCCGGGUUUCUUUUCCUUGUGUUCAAAAGAAUUUUCUCGGAUAAUUUUCUCUGUUAUUUUUAGAGCUUCCAGUCAUCAACUUGUAGACAAAUAGAAUUAAAACUGAAAUGCUUUUGAAGCUUUCAAAUCUGAAUUCAAAUCUCGCACUAACCCUGGGUUAUCUUAACCCAGCGUUGAGAUAGUACGCGCGCUCUGAUUGGCCUAGAGGAGCGUUUGCAUGAGAGUAUGUAAACGUGGUUGUGGCGUCAAGGUGUUUUGCUUUUCGCGCGCAUAUCACAUAAGCACGACUUAGAAAAAGUUUACGAGUUCAAAACUCGACAAGUUUACUUUAUUUACCCAUUCCUUCGUCGGCUGAAACUUGGAAAAUCGUUACAAACAAGGUGUGUCAAUUUUUUUUCACUUAAGGUGACAUUUUAAGCGAAAAAAAUCCGUAUUUUGGAAAGCGACUUUUUGCAAAACAAGAACUGAUUACGCGUGCAAGACUUCGUGUACAAGACUGCGACUGGUAAAAAUUAAAAAUCAGUGCCUUAACAAAGAGUUUUACGUUUUUUCUCGGGAAAGUUAUUUUAUACAAGCGAUAGAAAAGUUUUCCCUGUGUUUGCAUAGCCUGAUAUAAACACUCGAGGCGUAGAGAGAAUUCUUGACAGUUAUGCAAACCCUCGACUUCGUUUCGGGUUUGCAUAACUGUCUGGAAUUCUGCCAACGCCUCUCGUGUAUAUAUCAGGCUAUGCAAACACGGAAAACGCUUUCUAUUGCUUAAGUUGAGAACAAGUGUUCAAAAGUCAGUCAGUACAAGACAGCAACAAAAUAAAGUUUUACGAACCGUCUUAAGGUAAACGAAUAUUUCUGUAAUACAUUGUAGGUACAUGAGAGCGUACCCGUCACUUUCUUGGCCGUAAGCAAUACAAAGACUAAGUGCGCUACUUCCGGUUCUCGAUAUCAUGAUCUAUCACACGCUCUCAUAAACCGUUUGACCGCAAGUCAAAAUAGUUCAUGAUAGUUGUUGAUGGUUUCACUGUUACAAAGUACGUUCAAACUUAUCAACUUAGAGGUUUUGUGAAUUAAGAAAGGACUUAUGAAAUGCAUUUUUUUUCUUAAAGGGUUGGGCAUAACUUACUAGUUGUAUUUUAAUUUACUUUCUUUAAAGGUGCUGCAAAGCGUGAGAGACCAAGACUCUAAAUCAGAGGAGAAGGUCCGGCAAGUACGUGGAGAUUACGAGAAAAAAAUAAGCCACUUGCAAGGAGAACUAAAAAAGAUGCAGGCUGCCAAGAAAGAACAUGCGAGACUUCUUCGACAAAAGGCACAAAACGAGCAGCAGCUGAGAACAUUUCAGAGUGAGCUGAGUGAAUUAAAGAAGACGAAAGUUCGUCUUAUGAAGCAGAUGAAGGAGGAAGCGACGAAGAGCAAACAGCAAGAGACUCAGAGGAAUAAAGAGAUCGCACAAUUGAAGAAGGAGUCGCGAUUAAGACAAAUGACUAUUAAAAAUUUGGAAAUGGAGAAACGGCAGAGGGAUAUUGUGCUGAAGAGAAAACAGGAAGAGGUAGAAAUUUAUUGUGCGUGCAGGCCUGUCAAUAAUUAGGGAACUUUAGCAAUGACGACGGCGACGGCAACCAGGACGUCAAAAAAGCAAUAGGUUUAUUACGCAAAACAACAACUUUGCAGGUGCAUCACGCUUUCUUGUACAUUUAUUUACUGUCCUUGCAUGACUACGACGUGAAAAUACCUAGUUGCGAGUUUUAUGGAGGACGUAAACAAUCGACGACGAAUCUCUUUUUCGCUCUCUAAACUUGAGUACGGUCCUUCAGAAAUCAACUCCAGGGAAAUUCGCCUACACUUGCCAUUUUCAACAAAUUGGAAUAAACGCGACAAAGAUUGGAAAAACGGGAAUUCAUUUCAAAACUGACGUUUUCGCUGCCGUUGCCGUCGUCGAUGCUAAAGCUCCCUAAUUUUUCUUUUUUGACAGGACAUACCGUAAACUGCCGCUUAUAAAUACUGGGCUUACACAACUUUGUAAGGGGUUUUAGGAGAGCUUAUAAAUGGAGGGGCUAGUAACGGGAAUAGGAAAAGCGCGUGGAAACAAGCCAUAGCAGUGCUGAUCAAAAUACGUUUUGCAUUUACUGAUUUGGAAUUAGGCUUCAAAACGUCGAAACAACUCGAAUUCAGAGGCGGGGGCAUAUAAUUAGAGCUAGAGGGGGCUUGUAUCCGGGGGGGGCUUAUCAUCUAAUGUAUUUUUUUUGUUUUUAGAUAGAUUGGCCUAUAACUGGCAGGCUUAAAAGUGAGGGGGGGGGGGGGGCUUAACGGCAGUUUACGGUAUGUCCAUGCAGGUGACCCUGAAGCCAAUCGGCUAAUUAUGAAUGCACUGCUCAUAUCUUUUACCGGAACUUCAGGAAAUAAAAAGGACCACACAAAAUGCUCCUCAUAACUGGUCAGCAACUCUCAUUUGGAAUGUUACAGGUUCUAAGGGCCUGGGGUAACCCGCCUGUCCAUGUAAUCUUUCAUAUGGUCACCCAACCUAUCAUUUAAACGCGAUCAAAUAAAAACGAGAGAUAGUGGAGUGGCGCGUUACCUCACCUACCUGGGGUCCCCCACCUCCAUGUAAACAGGCCCUAAUACAAGAUUUAAUCAUAGUUUAUGAAACAAAAUGAAGCAUACCGCAGGAAAGUACUGCUCAGUAGCUUUCAUUUUAAUGUCCCACCUUAGGAUUUCAUCCGCAGACUUGAAGUUAGAACCAUCUUGUAGAGCACAGUAAACAGUACCAGUAUAAAGUUCUUCUUAGUACCCUCCUUUUGAAUGGCCACAAAUUUCAUCCCCAUAUUCAAGAGGUAGAACCAACUUUUUCAUAAUAAACUGACCUUCCAGUAGCUCUCAUUUGAUGCUGGGUCUCAUUGCGGACGAUGGAGUUUCAAACCACUUCGGACCAGCAUGAAAUACUGCACAAUAGAUUUCAUUUGAAUGGUCACUGUUUAGAACCACCUGAAUUCUACUUAAUAAACUCGUCACAAAUAACUUUUCAGAACUGCUCAAUAGCUUCCGUUUCAGUGUCGUCACGUAAGAAUUUAAUCCACAAACUCCAAAGCGUGGAACUGCCCUGUACUUCGUAAUAAACAAUGUCAGAGAGAAGCGAACUUGACUUGCUAGGUAUGUACCUUUCAUUUGAAUGGUCGGUAUAAAAUUUUCUCAGAUCUAACGGCUGCCACCUCCAGUACGCGACGUAGUACAAGCAUUCAGAUUUUAAACACUCAUCUGAGGGGUAUAGUAAUUAGAAACUAUUACCAAAAAUUCUUACCUUUUAUAAUUGAAGAGCGAUCCUCGCUGUUACUCGUUUAAAAAUGCUCUCUGAUACAUUAGUUAGUAAACAAGCUGUAUGAUCAGAUGAAAUGAAAGUUCCAGUUUCCUGUUUCGCUCUUAAUAUUGAGAAUGCGUAACUUCAUAUUACGAAGAAAAAUUACCGUCGUCAUGUGUAAUUGCGAAGUACUGAUCUCUUUGAUAUCCCUUCCCUCCAAAAUCAUGAUAGUUCUUUCGGUUGUCCCAAUUAUCGUAUUGAAUUAUUUUGGAAAAAUUCCGUGCGAGCUUGCAUGUCUCUCAGAUAUAAGACAGUUCGGCUCUCGAUAUCCUUCAACAUACAAUUCAAACUGACAACGUCAUCAGUUUAAACUCCACAGAAUGAAUUUGUGUCAAAGAACAUACCUUAAUAUAUGGCUCUGUGUUGCCAGGAAAUAUAUUAUUUACGGCUAUGAUUGCAGAUGGCUUGGAUAAAAACAGGUUUGCUCUCGAAAACUUUUGCCUAAAUGUCAUCGUUGUCGAUAAAAAACCUGUUGAAAGUGGCAGUGGUUUCAUCUUCGUUUGUCAACCAACUUCAUGUCUUUCCUUCUAUGAUCUUGCCGUGAAGGUAGAGUCUAAUGGUCGAAAAAAAAACUUUAUUUGAAUUUCACUAUUUUACGUUUCCUACUGGAGACGGUACUGCCAUUUUACGUGAUCAUCUGCGAGCCACGCGAAGGGCUAGCCGUUUGCAGAGAAAAGGCGGUACCUUCUUUUCACAGUUAUUUUGAGACCCUGAGUAUUGUUCCGGCCUCGGGAGUCGAGCCCGCGACCUCCCGCUCUGCAGUCAAGCGCGCUACUGACUGAGCUAGCGGAUAAAUUUCACUUUGCCCACGAAUGUUUUUGGUGUAUGUUUACAAAUUUGCCAAUUUCAACACUCAAGAUAUUGGCAAGCUCUAUAUCUUUUUUGGCUGUUUUACCAGGAUUGCUAUAAACGUUAAGGUAAAUAUACCGUGAGCUGCAUUUGCGUCCCUUCGGCUUCGUUGGGUCGCGUGUUGUUUCUAUUUUAACACUUCUAAAGAACCAAACUUGGGAGCUAGGGUGAAGUGGAGGUGGGUUUCUAAACAUAAAUGGCAAUUACUAAUGUUCACUAAAUCAGUAACCCUGUGGUACUGUAAAAACUCGCGACUAAGAACCUGCGUUUUCCCAAGGUAGCCUAAAUAAGUUCUUACCUAAAUGUUAAUUGGCACGAAUUUAGGCUAUUCAGGUUCUUAUUAAUUGGGUUCUUAUUUACUGAAGGAAAAAAUACGUUGUAGCUAAGAGUAUUGAGUGGUCUUCAACUUAUUCCUUUCAUAAAAUCUGCAUACAAAUGCAUGACAGUUGGGGUAAUAAGGCACCUGUCUCCAAAGAGAAUUUUGAAUGUUGACUUAUCUUAUUUGCCCAAGUGUACAGAAUUGUUUUCAUAGAUUUUAGGAAAUUAGAACCUCUUUUAAAUUUUAGGCUAAACAGGUUUUUGUAUAGAGGAGGCCUAACUGGCAAAUUUUAGCAUAACAGGUCUUAAUAACCAGGUUCUUACUCGCGGAUUUUGAUUGUAAUGUCAAGUCUGCGAGGAGUAAGUACCUUUCCCAAUGUUUUCCACUGUUUACAAGUGCCUUCAAUUCCUGCUAAGAGAGCCAAUUCCUUUCCACAGGUAAAAGCCCUUAGACGUCAACAGAAACCUAUGUCUGGCAAGCUUGGGGAACAACGAAACCAAACGAUGUCGAGCACUCGAGAACUCAAUGGCACUGAAACAAGUUCACAUGAUUUCAACUAUAACACUUCGCGUGCUGUCACUUCAAGUACCUCGCUUAGCAGUUCAUCUUCAACUUCAAGAUUUUCUGGUGUAGCUGGUAGGCCAUCUGGACUUCCGGUCAAAUCGCCAAGAAAGAAGAAAACCAUGGAGCAGGCCUCUCGUAGCGCUAAGAAGAAAUGGGACGUUAUCGAUAAGAAGGUGAGAUAAUAUUUGAGUUCUCUUGUAUAUGAUAUCAGAGAUAAUAUUUCAAAUUUGUCAUGUAUAGCUGAUUCGAUAAAAGUUGCUGUUGGCAUUGGAAAUUGCUAAUUGGAGGGCCAUUGUUUGGUGGUCACUCCAACAAAUCAUUUAAGUGGGUUUCGUAUGUAAAAAUGCCCAAUUGCCUGUUACCAAUGCCCAAAGCAACCUUUAUUGAAUGAAUAUGUAUGGAUUAAUAAAUUGCACGCGUGUUUUCAAAAGCUGCAGAACGAGAAAUAUUGAUGCUAACCAAUCUUUUUUAAGGAAUGGCCCAUUUGAGUGUUCUUAGCCUCUUUUUCAAAGCGAGGUCUGGUACACAACCACUCAUCAACUUGCGCUGGAAUGAAAACGUCUAUUCAUAGAAAGGGUAGCGCCAGGACUCCCUUUGAAAAAGAGGCUUAAGAAAAUUUGACAUGGCCUGCUAUUCCCUGUUUUGUAAACACUGAAACCCCAAAAUAGAGAUUUAGGAAUCAGACUGUCCCAGUCUGAAAAUUACGGACCUUAAGAUCCGAGGACGGCGACGGCAGGGAAAACGUCGCAGAAAAAGUAAAUUCGCGUUCUUUCAAUCUUCAUCACGAUUAGUCCAAGUCACUAACUUUGACAAAUGUAGGCGAACCCUCCUAAAGUUGAAUUCCAAGGAACCAUAUCCAAGUUCGGAAAGAAAGAGGAAAUUUCGUCGUCGCUUGUGUACUUCCUCUGUACAUCGUGAAAAUAGGCAUUAUUUUUCACGUCGUAGUCGUGCAGUGACGGCAAAGAAAUGUACAAAAAAGCGUGAUGCACGUGCAAAAUUGUUGUUUUGCUAAUUAAACCUAUUGCUUUUGUGGCGUUCCCUUCGCCGUCGCCGUCGUCAGAUCUUAAGGUCCCUAAUUAUUUCAUUAUGGAAAGAAAAAUUUGCAGCAGGAUGAGUUAGAUUGUACUGAAACCAUCUACCUUGUUUACUUUGGACCUCUUCUAUCUUGUUGAGUUGGCUAGUCUAAGUGUAACAGCUGCGGGUUUCCUGACUUCUUUUGACUCAAAAUUUAACAAACCACCGUUUUUUUAAUUCUCAUUCCUCAGGUAACGUCAUUGAUACUCAAAAGACAGACUAUCGCAAAUAUGGAAUCUGACAUGGAUCGCUGGAUACAGGACCGCGAUCGUCUCAGCAAACAGUUAGAAAAGUGUCAGAUGAAAUAUAACAGUGCUGUGUCAUCCCAAAAGGUAUUUUUGAGCAUAUGAUAGUAGGAAUUCCUAUCUAACUCUCACUUCGCCUAUUCCGCCGGACGUUCAGGUAGUGGACAGUGGGUGAAACAGAGAGCGAAAAGAAAAAAAACAAACAAACAAACAACGACAACAACUAAACAGCAAAAGGAGCGGAAGAAAAAGAAAGGAGUUUCCCUCGCCCUCUUGCCGUAUUCCCCUAGCAGUUUUUUCCUGCUCACUUCUCUGUCCCGUUCCCCGCUCUCUGGUCGCCUGAAAAGGGCUAGAUCGCACCAGUCCUUGUCACUGACUCAGAUGACUGUUUCGUGUGCCCAACUAUGGCGUUUACCAUUUCGGCUUGUUACACAAUCCUUCCUCGCGUUCUUUAAAGAAAACUACGUGAGGAGCAACAGAUUUGUAUUUUUUUUUAUUAAAUGUACCUGUCGGCAAAAACGUUCCUCUGAUUUAAUACUUUUUCUGUAAAACGUUCACAGGAAGAAGGCAGUGUACAGGAGAUCAAGGAACAGCUAGAGGCUCUGACAGCACACAUGGAUUACGUGCAAGAAAAUAUCACAGACUGUCAAACAAGUAUCAUGGAAAUGGAGGUACAAAAGUUUACUCUUUAGAGCUUUUAGGGGAGGACAGAUAAGAAAUAUGCAAAAGCGCGUGACAUAAGUCUCCUGUUUCACGGAGGGUUCUUGGAUAUGUCCUUCGCUGCCCGUAAGGCGUAACCAGGCCCGGGCCGCACAGUAAUUAGUAAUCCUCACAGUUUGCUCGCAGUCUGUUUUCACUAAUAGUCCUAAAGGUACUUUUUUCCUCCACGCUUACAAGAUUCAAGCUUGGGAAUGCAACCGCCUCUCAUCGCUCGCUGUCGCUGGCACGUUUCGGGAGACGUUCCCAGCGACUGGGAGCGAUAUGAGGUGGCUGUAUAUUCAAGCUAACAGGAUAACAAAUGACGGAAAACUCUUACCACUAUGUAGUCAUCUUUCCUUGCCUCAAUGAUAAUGGCAUAACUUUUAAAUGUUGGCUGUUGUUUUCAAAUUUCAGUUCUUUUCCACUCUAGCUACCCACUGACAAAGACUUGUAGCGACAGUUUUUAACGAGUUUAACAGUUGUUAUCUCCUAUCUUUUUUGUCUGCAACUGUGACUCACAAGCGACGAAUGAUAAUCCCUGAAAAAAGGUAACAUUUAAUAGGCAAGUAAAUUCACGCUCGUUUAUUUGUAGGAACAAGGUGGAGAUACUGCUGAGAUUGGAGAAUUUUUCGCGACAUGUACACUGUCCGAAGCUCGUAUUCUUCUGGAACAUUUCCUAACCAAAGUUAUAUCUCUGGUGAGAAACAAAUCCUUGUUAGAUUGCUUUUAAGAGGACGUCGUUAAGCAGAGGCUUUGACGUUUAAUUUACUUGAGACAAUCUUAAAGUGUGAUCAUUCAUAGUCUGUAAUGCAGGCGCAUUUUUGCAGUGUGUUUUGGGGAGAAAAGGGAAGAGUGCAAAACAGUCCGUUUUUUUCUCGAAAUCGGUCUUUCAAGGCGCGAAACGCCGGCGCGAGCACUUUCACUUGACCGCUCGCGCGUGUUCUUGACCUACCCAAACAUACGGGCUGUUUUGUAGUGUAGGGCGAAGGCUGCUUGUUUAUGUCCACAGUGGAGUGGUACAUGUGACCAUCUUUGAUUUUACUACUGAGGAAGAUUGAGAAGAGUAGAAAUAGCAACCCUUGGGGUAGGUGCUCGGGUGGAAGAAAAAGGCGUUGCAGGGGGAGGUGGAGAGGGGAAGAAAAUACUCGCCCAACCCCUCGACUGUUUUGAAAUGCAGCAUAACCGGGUGAAAAAAAAUCACUCCCCUUUCUAAUUUUAACUACUGUUGUUUUUCUUUUUUGAUAAUCGCUUACCUUGUAUUAACGCUAUCCUUUCUUUCAGGGCCACGAAGCUUCCUCUAAAGAAGCGUCAGCGAAAGAAGUGGAAGCGAGGUUGAAUGCGAUGAAGCAACACAAUGAGCUUCAACAGGAAUUACUUCAACACGUGCUGCAAUAUCAUGACAGCUUCAGCAGUAUCGAAAAUCUUGCAGCCGCGGCUGUUGGAACGGACUCUGAAAUCAGUGGUUCAGAACUGAGGGAUCGAUUGAGAGGAUCGCUGGUAGGAAAUCCGCGAAGUUAUAUAUAAUAUGAGUGCAGUGGAGUGUUUGUUAAGGCAACAUUUCGGGAAGAAAACAUGCUGUAACUUAACGAGGGAUAUCCUGUAUAUCUUUAGAAUUAAUCUUUUGUUGCUAUAAUGCUUUUAUCCCAGCCUGUCUGAUAGCAGGUGUCAUUAUUUGUGGAUACAAUAAAACGAUUGUGCGAUAUAAGCUAACUAAACGAGGUCCACUGUUAGGCUCAUAUACAUUUAUUUCUAAUUAUAUCAGUCUCUUUAAGACAUUUAUAAGUGUUUAAUUUUUUUUUUCGCUAUUGUCAGAUCCAUACAAAAUAACAUUGCAAUAGACCUUAUUCACGAUACCCACCGUCUUUGCACGCGCUUAAUGACUGAUGUCAAGUGGUUUCUCAAGGGGCAAACAAGUGAAAACACUUGCCAAUGGAAGAAAUCGCGGUCGAAUUUAUUCUAAACACCAGAAAUGAAAAACUUUUCAUCUUAAAACCAUAAUGGGAAAUUAUGGUGAAAGUGAUCAUUUUUACUUUUUUUAGACGUCGUAGCGACCGUAGAUGUCCUUACAGCAAGCAAUAAUGACGUAAAUUUUGUCGAAACUCGAGCUGUACAUUUUGCGCAACUACUAAAUCGUCAUCUUGUUUUAAUACAGUAAACAAACGCGACCGAAAUAACUCGUUUUGGCAAAUUUUAUCGUUUUCCCCGUGAAAUAGCACGAGACAUUACUUUUAUCCAAUCGAUCCUAGAGCGCGUGCAAAGAUGGCGGGUAUCGUGAAUUUUAUUUAUUUAUUUAUUUAUUUUUUCCAGUCACCAAACUAUCUAAUUUAUCUGAAUCGUUUCUCAUUAUUGGCCCAUUUAUUUUUUUCCAUUACCUCUGUAUCAAAUUUCCAACUGCAACUCGUCUAUACUAUUUGAAUUGUAGCGACUUUCCGAUUCUUCAUUAAAUCCCCUGAAGAAGGACGGCUUGUCCGUCCGAAAUAUCGGGAAACCUUAAGUCGCUUUUCUCUUUGCUGUUUUGUUAUUUAUGUCUAUAUUUUCGUGAAUGUGGUCUAUUUGAUCGUAGAAAGAGCGGGCCGCCCUCUGUGUGAGGCAAUUUUCUAGUCGCGCACGUUUUUAAGCACCUGCGUCGAGAGGCGCUGGGUAAAUCUUUGCGCACAAUACACUACUUAUAAAUACCUUCAAUUUUUUUUUGCUCACUAUGUAGACCAGUUUGAAUUCACUAAACUCACUCAAGGAUGAUGCGGGAACACUCUCCAGGUAUGGUGUAUUAUUGAAGACGGAGUUAUCAGAGAGUUUAAGCUUCACGCAUACGGCAAAUGGCAAACGUCAGAUUCAAAUUGAGACUUCUCAAAAUAGAAAAUGAGUGGACAAAAACAACUCAAUACAAUUCUUAUGGAUAAAAAAUUGCGUGAAACUACUAAUUUAUGUACCCUCUGACGUCACAGAUUUUGCAGUGUUGCCCGCUCAGAGACUUUUGGCGGGAAACAAUUUUUUGUCAUAUGUCAUGUGAUCUCGAAGUGACUAAUGAGAGCGUGCGCUGUUGUGGAAAAUAUCCCUGCUAUAUAACAAAACCAUUUAUGUAUCCUCACAGAAGUUCCAGUGGUAAUACAUUAAAAGAUUCCAGUGAGGAAGGGCAGCCACAGCCUCCAACCAAACCCAAAGACAAGGUAAGUGCUCUUUUAGCUUUUAUCGCCCGACCUGAGCAGCAGCUCAUCCCUGGGGGGUAGGGGAAAGGAAAUUUCAAAGGACGAAGCGGGAAAGGGAGAGAGAAAGGGGAGAAGUUUCUCUUUCCUCGCUGUCUCCCCUUUUGGCAAUUCUAUUUCCAUUUUCCCCCAGAAAUGCCAGGCACUUUGGCUAUUAGGAAGCUUAAAGAAGCACGAUGACGACGACAAUGAUAACGUAAAAAAAAACAAACAAGCAAACAAUUGGUUUUAUGGUAAAACGACGUGCAUCACGCUUUUUAGUACUUUCCUUUGACGUCCACUGCAACGACGGGACGUUUUAUGGAGGACGCGAACAUGCAACGACGAAUUCUCCUUCUCAACCUGGAUACAACAACAAGAAGAGCAACCAACCAACCAUUUUAUUUUGGCAAGUUAAAACAUUUACAAUAACGGCAUUAAUUAAAAUAGAUCAGGCAUUAUAAAGUUACAGUCCUUAAGAAUUGAAAGGCAGGAAAAAUCGUCCACAUUUGGCUAAUUGAGCUUGUCUAAAUAGGUGCGGUAAAGUUUGAAACAAUGUAAAUUCAUAUUUUAGCGAUGUUUUCACGACCGUUGUCGUCAUCUUUGCUUAAGCUCCAUAUUAUCGCUCGGAGUUCGAACAUGGUAAAAGUGUCGGCGGAGGAUAGACUGGGCUGUAAAUGUCAACCUCUUACGCUUAAAGUUUUUGUUGUGUUCUUAAGCGCUUUCUUUGACAAUUCUCUCACCAAGAAACCUCGUCCUCAUUAAGUUAGUUGUGAAAAACUUCAAUUAGAAUCCGACUCAGGAAACAUUUUUUGUUUCUUUACUUUUGUUCGUAUGUUUACGUGUCCUCGCAGGGCAUAGACGCUGUAAAGAGUUUAAAAGAGAAUGUAUCGUCCUUUAUGGCUGCCCAUGCUUCAGCAUAGUGACUCGAAUUUUAGAAUCUGCUUUAUGUUUUUGUAGGCACGUCGUCGCACUGGUACACAGGAAGAGUUCUUAUACCCGGAUAGAAUCAAAACCAGGCGACCGCCUCUGCUUGACACAGUCGGGGACGAGGAAGAUGGUGUUACAACGCCAAAUCGUUCACUAGUACCUGCACUUCCGGUUGCCGGGGAGCCCAAGGGUGCUCGUCAGAUAUCCCCGGAACUCAUGCAGAAACUAUUGGAGUUAGAGAAAUCUCGCAAGACUCAGAGUUGCGAAUCUCUCAUGCUGCCUCCUCCUGUACCCCAAGGCACACAGAGUCAAAGUCAGGGGGGACCUGUCAAGUCAUCCCGGUCCAACUCUCUCGUUGAUAGCUCUACAGUGGCGCUUCCUGCCUCAUUAGUUCGCGGUAACAUUAAAUCAAAGUCGGCCAGAAGUUUUCCUGGCAGCAAAUACGGGAACUCGGUCGUGAAUAUGCCUAGGUCCCAGCCCACCUCGCCUGCUCUGCAGAGGAAGUCAUUGCCAGAUAGGCCUGGGGCGGGGUAAGUUAAAAUGUUAUUGUUGUAACGUUUCCAUUUUAACGAAAGGUAAUGGUGGAGUCUUAACACGACCGUGCAGCAAGACCUUGAAAUAACAGAAGGUCACUUUCAACGUGGACUUGUUAAAGUGCUUUCAGAUUAAAAUUCGAUACCCUCAUACAUUGUUAGCUAUCCCCAUAACACUUUUUGUUUAUUCAUGCCAAUUUGGGUUGGACGACUCGUUUUUCUACCAUAGAAGUGAGUAGAUUUUUCUCAACAGCGCUCUUAACACGUGUUUACGAGUAUGAAAUUGCAAUUUAGAGCUAAUAGCAUCCCUGAACUACUCUUUCCUGUUGCUGACUAGCAAAUAAUUAAACAUCGGGAAUAGGAUUGGUGCGGCAACGGUUAUGUAAUAAUACAAGACAAACGAAGUUAAUUCGCAAUUAUCUCGUACUUGUAGUCAAAUAUAGAGAUCCCAGUCUUAUUACUUGGCUAACCGACAAUAUUAACUCUGACUGAUUCUUGUAUCCCCAGAUUAGCUAUGUGAAAUGAGAAUGAGAUACAUUUACUCCCAACCUGUAUUUACUCAACUCUUGAUCAACAACACUCUAGUGAUGACGCUAUACAAUCUUUCGCCAGAGUCUCUAAUUCUAAAGUAAAGUUACUGUUUUACUAGUCUACAGGUUUUCUUAUGGACAUUUUUCUCCAUUCUGCUAGGGUUGAUGACAGCGCUGUUUUGCAGAAGACCUCCGAUGAUGUGUUCGCUCGGUUGACAAGCAGCCUCGCUCAGGAGUCCGACCCAGACAUGUAAGUACAUACACUGUCAAGGUCACGCAAAUCUCGCAAGAGGAAAAUGACUUUCAGCAAUAGUCAGUGCGUGUCGUUCAUUGGUAAGUCUUUUAGCACGACUGACGAAUGUCCUAUUUUUUCCGCAAUUCAGUUGUAGUUGACCGAAUGAAAAAAAUGUCAUUCUUGUCUAUUUUUUCCUUGUUUUGCCAUCAGGUUUUCUCUACGAAAUUGUAGGCGAGCGGGAUUUCUGUUUCUAAUCUUAAGUGUGGGCAGAUACUCUUCGCACGAGCGAGAGCUCAGCUGUUUUUGUGGCUGCCGUUUUUGAAAGCAGUGUUAGAUUUGUUGGAAAGUUCAAAAACGUUGACGACAAAAACCUCCCUUAACCACCCCCGCACCUUCGCCCCUACCUUCCUACCUCCUAGUCUCUUUUGAAUCGCACACACCAAGUUUCGUCUUGAACAUGAACGAAUUAAUUAUUACGCUCGCGGGCCCCAAGAAAACGCUUUCAGUGUGGGUUACUCUGUUCUUGAAAUGUUGUGAUGGUUAAAAACAAUUGCGUCAAAAGAAUAUUAUCAUAGGGUUAAUACAAAACGUUUCUUUUCUCUCUGUGUAGUGGUCGAAUGCUCCCACUUCGCCCGCCUGCGGGGAAACCUGCUUCCCUGGUUUGUACUUACGCCGCGACGGGUCACAACAGCGCGGUACUGUCUCUCGACGUCACGGAAGACUUAAUGUUUACCGGAUCUAAAGGUGAAUUUAUUGUAUUCACAAUUGGCACUUCUAAAGGGGUAUUACCACAACUAAAUUACUCCAAAAAAAGACUUAAUUUGCUUUGUGUUGUAUCGAAAAACAAAUACAUGUGGUGUAAUUUAAAGGCAUUGCUUCAGAGGAUUCUUUUGAAUGGUCAAACCAUGGCAUUUGGUGCACAAACGUGAAAGUUAGAAAUAUGUGACAUGUUUCUGUAUAAGGAGUUUGUAAGGAUUUCAAAGGUGUUCUUGACGAUACUGACUUAAACUGACACUGUUUCACAGACCGCACUGUUAAAGUCUGGGAUCUUAACACAGGCGAGGAGACACUGUCUUGUGCUGGUCACAAAAGAGACGUGGUAGCCGUGAGAUACUGUCAUAAAACACAGCGUAUAUUUGGAGCGUCACAGAACGUUAUCAAGGUAAAGACUGAGUAUUUGCCGAGUGCCUCGUUAGUUGCAAGCGCCUGAGAAAUAUAGGGCGCAAAUAUGAAGCUUACCGCAAGAAACGAGGACGCACGCGUGUCCUCGUGUCUUGACCGCGAAGGCUAGCUAUUGCUUAUCUGAUUGUUUUUAGUUAUACUAAUUCAGAGUUUAUUGUCUUAAACGUUUAUAACAUAAAACUGCAAAUGAAAUUAUUUCACAACUGUUACGAUUUUUCUCUACUGAAAGAGGAAAACAAACGAAAAAACUGAACUGGGAUGUAUGCAACGUGGGUAUUUAAGUUGACAGCGAUUUUCACUAGAUGUUUCGACUCUCAAAGUUUUCUGAAGUCGUCAGUGCUAGAGCUAGACUUUUUUUUGCAAAUGUUUUUCAGUAGUCUUGAGUAUUUUUCAUCAUUUCCCCAGACACUUCGCCCAUAUUUUUCUUCGUUUGGCUCUUCAGUUUUAAUACAUAGAACGAUAUUGGGGAGAAAAGAACUCAGAAAAAGUUUUCCAAGUUCCACAUGGGCAUUGAACCUACCACCUUCCAGACAUCAGCUCAAUUCUUUAACCACUGAGCUACUGAGAACUCUAGUGUUGAGUAGCUCGUUUGUUGGCUGACAUAGCGACCACAUCUUUCAAUCACACAUGAGUCUUUGACUAAGUCGGAUUAGUAUAAGAUUCUAGAAACUGCCUACCUACUCCUCCCCUAAGCCAACAUUUUGCCCUAAUUGAAAAGUUAGUUAUAACAUUGGGUUAGGGGAGGGUAGGUCGACAGUUUUGCAGAAUCGUGGGAUCAGUGUAAGAUUGUAAGAAACCCUCCCAUCUACCCCUCCCCUAACCCAACAUUUUGCCCGUAGUAAGCAGUUGGUGAUGUUGGGUCAGGGGAGGGGUAGAUGGGCUGUUGCCAAACAGGAUCUUACACUGAUCCGCUGACUCCUAUUGGUCGUUCUAGGUGUGGGACAUUAGGGAUGGUAAGUGCAUCAAGAGCCUUACGCCACCAGGCUCCUCUCUGGGUACCUUUUUGUCCAGUAUGACGUCAGAGACUCAGAUUAACGACCUGAAGCUUUCUGCUGAUGGUUCACUGCUUUACGCUGCCAUGGGAACCACCGUCAGAAUGUGGGACUUAGAAAGGUGAGUCACCUGAGGCCCGUUCUCGAAGUUCCUGUAACUUUUUGUUCGCGAAGCCAAAUAUUAAAAAUCCAAGUCUGAGAAUAAAAGCGCUAUCCGUAGACGACAAACCAGUCAAUCUUGUUUUGUUAACUGAUAGUUUAUUAAGUUAUCUCCAAAACUAUUGAAACUUCGACAUUAAAUAUAAAUAAAACAGCUGUCUGGCCCGGUAAUUGACCAACGCUUAAUAUGCAGCUUUUGCAACAAACGCCAAAGAAGCGCAACAGGUUUAAUAAGCAGAGCAAGAAUUCUGGCCUUUUGGUACACUUUUCUGCCGUCACUGCACAACUGUGACGAGAGAUUUUCUUAUGCGACCUAAUCCCAAGGCACGACAACGAAUUUUUCUUAUUCGCCUUUUUGGACCUGAUCACGGCUCUUAGAUAUUCACUUUCAAAAGAAUUCCUUUAAGUGUGAUAAAUUGAGAGAUCGAAAAGUCGCAAUGAAGUUCGAAAGAACGCAAAUGCACUUUGCAAAAGACUUUUUCGCUGCCUUUGCCGUAGUGAGAAGUCCCUAUUGACGGAGCGCCGUGGCAGAAGUCAGUGUUUUUAAUCGUUCUUUAUUUUCGCUUCCAUUAAAUUGUAUUUCACUCGAGUUUAUAUAUAUUUUUUUAUCAGUUAUGCUAUGACUGGAAAGCUUGGUGGCCACGCUGGUCCUGUUAUGACGGUGCUGCUCAGAGAAACUAAUAAAGAAUCCCUCGUGUUUACGGGCUCACGUGAUCAUUACGUCAAGGUGAGAGAGUUUAUGGACCCCCGUAAUAAAGCUACAAAAAUAUACCACGUACCAUGUCCGAGGGAUAGGACCAUUAUGAUCCGUCGAAAAUGUGUUAUUUUGAGCUUAUUCUCAUAAGUUAUUCUACAGUGGUUGUUCAAUGGCGUGAAUUUAAGUAACCAAAUAAGGACUUUCAGUUUUUCUCGGCAUUUUCUGCUUUUCUUUUAAGGAGUGUUUGAAAUAUGUUCUUUGGAGAGAAAUAGAGAAUAUUACACGGUGGCGAGAAGCGCGAACGAGUGAGAUAUUAGAGAGUUUUAGAUCCGAGUUUACCGCGAACCUCUAACCGCGGUUUGCCGUUACCCGUUUGCGGUUCAACGUUCAAACAUAAUUCGAUUUAGAUUGGUGGUGGAUUUUAGAAGUGGAUUCUGCUUUAUUUUUCCACUUAGAAAUAGAAGAAAAAUCAGUCAGUGAAAAUAAAAGAAAUUUACGGUAACACUGGGUUAUCUAGCAGCAAAGAGCUGUAAAUUCUUACAUUAGUUCUUCUUGCAAUUUUACGGCCGCCAUCCUGAACCAGCAACCAUGAAUGGCACUUGUUUCCAAGAUCCAAUAGGAUUUAUCAAAUUUAGCAUUUCGCCUGUACUUUGUGCCUUUGUUAAUGGAUAAAGACUUGCUCCACAAGAUUUUUGUAUCAUUACGUGGGAUAAAACAAGAUUUAUACGCUAAAAUCUUUCAGGUAAAUGACAUACGUGAAAACCUAUCUCCCCACGUUGAAAACGCACGUCGUAAACCUCAAACGUGACGCGAAAGACUUGUCACGUGACCUCCAGCGGUUAGAGGUUUGCGGUAAACUCGGAUCUAAAACUCUCUAUUGCUCUUGCACGAGAACAUAAAAUUCAUAUCUUCGAGCUAACGUGUAAUAUUCUUUUUAUUAUAUAAACAUACUGAUGACGGCGUUUUUGAUGAUUUUCCGAAGAUUUCCAACCACCUUCCGAAGAUUUUUCAAAUUGUCCCGAAGACCAGACGAACGUUACCGAACACUUUCCGAGAAUUUCCGAAAAUGUCCGAAGAUUUCCGAAGAUUGCCGAGCACUUUCGAGGAAGACCCGAAGAUGUUUCGAUGAUACACCAACGAAUUUAAGUACAAUUUAAGAGACAAACCUGAUGUCAGUGAAAUUCGAUAUCUUUACAUGUAAAAAUAUCGUAUUUUUACGUGUUCAGAUACCACAUUUCUCGGUGGUAGAAAUCCUUGUAAAACACUGCAGUUUAUAUGAUAAAUAUUGAUAACUGAUAUGUCUUGUGUGUGUGUUACAGAUAUUUGAACUGAAUGGCUCUAAUGUCGGCGUACAGGUUAGUAGAAUUUCGUCUUUACUGUAUGGAAUCUGUAUUAGAGUCGAUAAUGUCCGUGGUCCUUGACUGGUGUUUAACAGAGUCUUGACAUACACUUUUGAAGUGACUCGUGGAUACGUACCCUUGUCUUACUUUAUGGUUCACGUGCGUAAGAGACUUUACACAGAAUUGUUAAAUCCAAGCAAUUUAACAACGUGAUACAUUACUUGAAAUAUAUCUCGUACAGUAUCGCAAUUGAAGGAAGUUGAUCUGGGGGUGGGGGUUGGGAUGAUAGGCUUAAAAGAGGUUGCUACUAAAUAGAAGAAAUGCAGUAACCCUGAUAAUCGACUUAGGUGUUGCCUUUGUGCAUCUCUCGUGGUUUGGUGGAUUAAGUUCCUCUUCCUUAUCGUGAUCGCUUACUUGUAGAAGUCAAAAAGGAAAUCUCGAUUGGGAUGAUAAAAAUCUUUUAGAAACGGACACGUGCAGCGAUGUUGCUCCGCGAAAUGUUACGUCGUAUGUCUGGUUAUCUUUUGUAAAAUUCAGUUGAUCAUACAUUGCGUGUAACUGGCGCCGCGACAAAAGUUUUUUGUGGGGUGGGGUGGGGAGAUAGGGGUUUGACGUGGCGGUCACCCGGCUGAAUAAACUUCUUGCGAGCCUAAAGAAAACGCAAGCAUUGCAAGCUAAAUUGACCUCAUCAUCAUGUUUCUUGCAGUCUGCCAAGAGCAAGCUGGAGCCACCUCACUAUGAUGGAGUCCAAUCGUUGGCUCUUAAAGGAAAAUAUCUAUUUAGCGGGUCACGCGAUAAUAGUAUUAAAAAAUGGAAUACUGAAACUCAACAGCUUGUACAGGUGAGUUUGGCACUUGUUAAAAUCUUAGAUGGGUGGUUCGCGUGCAUAGGAUUGAUAAUAACCGACUAACAAAGAAGCUGUUAUACUCUCAGCUCUGGGUGGGGGAGGUCUAGAUUAAGGUUCAAAGAUGUUGUUAAGAGAAACAUGAAAUAGAGCUAAAUUGAUCUUAACCCGAUGGCUGGAGAGUGCCAACAAUGGAGGAGACUAAUAAUUAUUAAACUCUGCUUAACCCUACAACAGUCUUAGUCGAAUCGACUGACUGCAGUGGUGAUGAUGAUGAUGAACGCUGAACAUUCCAAAAGUGCGGCGAAAAUAAGUAAUUCUUACUGACUAAAUGACAUAAACUUUCUUAGCUUAAGGACGUUUCUCUAUCGCCGUUUGUCGCAAGUAGCCUAUAAACAUCAAGAAUGACAUCUGCGCAGUUAGUUUUAGUUAGGUGUUAGGGUAAAGUCUUCUCUAUCACGUGACGAUUUGUUUUGGUUCCUUUUUAGCACAUGACCGGAGCUCAUAAGGACUGGGUGUGUGCGUUAGAUUUCUUGCGUCCGCAAAACGUGCUGCUCAGCGGCUGUCGUGGUGGCAUGCUCAAGCUGUGGCGAGUGGAGAAUGGGUCUCCUGUGUGUAAGUAAACUGUUUCCAGCAUUUUUAUUUUUUUUCUUGGCAGGGGUGCGGGGGAUGGGGGUUGGGUGGGGUGGGUGGGUAAGUACUCUAUUCUUUUUCUUCCCUUUUAUUUUAGGAUCACACGUUUUUAGAACGAUAAAUAAUAAAGUUCCUUUUCUAAAUUUGGAAUAUACAGUUGUUGCGGUUUUGUGAGCUGGAUCUCCUUUUCGGUAAUCCCGGAUUCGACUUCUCAACCAUGCUUUUGCCCACUGCUAUUUGGGACUUUAAAUCAUGUUAUGUGUCACUUGCUUUAAUACUUGUCCAUGAUUUACAUUGAGUCGAGUGUCUAUAAACAAGCUGCAGGGGUUUCAAUAAGCACCGAAGGCCGACGAAACGCGUCGGUUACUUUGCUCAUAGAAGUCAGCUACUUUUUUCUAGAAAGAAGAAGCAACUAGUUUGAAAAACGUUGUAAAAAAAAGUGUGUCAUAAAAUCUGAAUGAAAACGUAAUUAUGACAUGUUUUCAUAGGGGCCCACUGGUUUUACGUUAUGCUUUAGUCAUGUGAACGCUAUAUUUCAGUCAAUUUUCACAAGUUUCUUUUUAUUGAUUUACGCAGAAUUUGUUAAUGUACAAAAGUACGUAAUUUAGUUUUCAUCAUUUGUUCUUUGCUUGUAGGAAUUAAUUGUGACUGAUUAUUCAAAAGCUGAAUGAAAGCUACAUUUUCUUGAAUGAAAUACACGCUCCUUUGUUCUCAAUUUAGUCCCCAGAACACUGAAAACCGCAUUAUAGGGCUUUGAAAUUUCAGAAUUUUCUGGGGAAACACGUCCCCAAACCCCCCUUAGAAAAAAGGGGACUAACGGCCACUUGUUGAUAGCCAGAGUCGGUUACUCUAUUCAAACCUGUUGGCUACUUCAAUUUUUAUUGAAACCGCUGUCAAGCUAGAUUAACUAAUACACUCUCAAUAUACGAAGGGUAAUGCAUUAUUAUUAUUAUUAUUAUUAUUAUUAUUAUCAUUAAUAUUUAUGUAAUAUAGUCUUCUUUCGGGGUGACACGGAAGAUUUUAAAAUCAAAUGUGGAAUUUUAGUUUGAUUCGAAUCAGAUUUGAGAGUUAAUUAUAGACCUUUCAUUUUCAGGUGAAAUAAAAGCGCACAGACAUCCUAUCAACGCUAUAUGUACGAAUUCGUCUUGCGUAUUCACAGCAUCAAGGUAAGAAAACUAUUUAGAUUUCUUGUUAUGAAUUUGAUUUUCAGCAGCAUGGAAAACUUUGUUUACUGUCAACUUUUUUCUGUGUUUCAGCGACCGGUUGGUUCGCCUGUGGCGCGUAACAGGAACACUAGAAGAGCAACUGAAUGAUUUAGAUCGCUCUGUGGACGUGUAGUGCUGUCUAGAGUGAAUUUAUCUUAGAAUAAUAUAUGAAAUGAAUUUUUUGCUAUUUUCAGUAGAACACUGCAAUUUGUAAAUAAGAUGUAUAUGCUUGUCACACGUCAAAUUGAAUUACUACACUUGGCUACAUAUGAAUUUCUG